UUUUUAAAUUUUGUUGACAAAAUUUAACAUGCACAUUCUUUCCCAUCACAUCAAAACUCCAUAGAAACACCCAAAAAACUCAAACUUUUUCUUUCUCUCUCUCUCUCUUAAAUGGAAAUGCCAAUACACAAAAUUCCAAAACGUAAUUACAAGUCUAAACUUGUUCUACAAAUUUCAUUACCAAUAAUCUUAUUUACUUUAAUCACAUUACAAUUAUCCAAGAACAUUUCUUUCAAGAAAUCUCCUACUAAUCAUACUUCAUUAGAGUCAUUACACACUAGUAAUGUUCAAUUAUUACAAACUUUACCUCAAAAAGAAUCAUUACCACCUACUAAUGAUGAUGAUCAAGUUGUGAUUGAAUCCAAACGAUACGAAACAAGCCCUAAACCUAGCCCGGUUACAAAAUGUGAUCUUUUUUCGGGCGAAUGGGUCCCGAAUAUGGAGGCUCCGUAUUAUACAAAUUAUACUUGUAGGGUGAUCCAAGAACAUCAAAAUUGUAUGAAAUAUGGUAGACCCGAUACCGAGUUUAUGAAGUGGAAAUGGAAGCCAAACGGGUGUGAAUUACCCGUUUUUAACCCGAAUCAGUUCUUGGAUAUUGUUAAGGGCAAGUCUUUGGCUUUUGUUGGUGAUUCUGUGGCUAGGAAUCAUAUGCAAUCUUUGAUUUGCCUCUUAUCUCAGGUAGAACACCCCUUGGAUAUUUCUCCUACAAAAGAUGAUAAUUUUAAACGUUGGUACUUCCAAUCUUCCAACUUCACACUUGCUAUAUUCUGGAGCCCAUUCUUAGUCAAGACCCAAGAAAAUGACCCAAAUGGCAAAGCUGGAAAGACCUUUACUGGGCUCUACCUCGACGAGGCCAAUGACGUUUGGACGACGCAAAUCGAUGAAUUUGACUAUGUUAUCAUAUCCGCGGGGCAUUGGUUUUUCCGGCCCCUUAUCUAUUAUGAAAAGGGUAAUUUUAUGGGAUGUCGUUAUUGUGAGAUAGAUAAUCUUACGGAAUAUUCCCUCUCCUAUGGGUACCGAAACGCGUUUCAAACCUCGUUUCGGGCUAUUUUGGAGAGGGAAAAUUUUAAAGGUAAGGUGUUUUUGAGAACAUUUGCUCCCUCCCACUUUGAAGGAGCAGAUUGGGACCAUGGAGGGGAUUGCAAAAGAACAAGUCCCAUAAAAAGCUAUGAAUUGCCUUUGGAUGGACAAAAUAUGGAGGUGUAUACAGCCCAAAUGGAAGCUUUCAAGGAAGCCCAAAGUGUGGCCCAACAACGUGGGCUUAAGUUCGAACUCAUUGAUAUGACCCGGCUCAUGUUGGUGAGGCCCGAUGGGCACCCGAGUGUAUAUGGCCGUCCGGCUAAGAUGAAUGGGAUAUGGCCCAGUGAUUGUGUCCAUUGGUGCUUACCUGGGCCCAUUGAUAGUUGGAAUGAUUUUUUGCUUGAGAUGUUAAAAAGUGAAGAGAAGAAUCUUCAUUAGGAUUAGAUUAAAAAGGGGUUAUAUACUGUUAAUCAUGAUGCAUGAAGAAGUUUAACAAUUGGUAUAAUUUAUUUAAUUGUAUAAAAAAGGACCAAUAUGUUCAAAAGAGGUUGAUACGUGAUCAAUUAAUCAUACAAGAUUCAUUUUUCUUUUCUCCAUUUUGUUGCACUACAAUCUAUUUGUUACAAAUGAGGUUACAUCGUAGAGGAAUUGAUUUGUUACAAGAUAAUUAUUUUUUCCUUCCAAAAUGUUGAUAUAAACUCUUUUUUUUUUUUUUUUUUUUUUUUUUUAUGUUUUAUUUCCUUUUCACAUUUUCUAAUAUUGACCAUUUUCUUUUUUCUGUUUUGAAUUAUGGUUAUAAUUAUUCUGUAAGGAGAGAUAUCUCAAUAACGAGUCUUUGUUUUAUUUUCUUUUCAAAACUAAUAUCCGUAUGAACCAUUUGCAUUUGCUUCACUUUGUCCCCUUUCACUAUCACUAUCAUAGUAUCAAAAAAAGUAAAAUCUACUGCCACAUGUCAGAUUAUUAAGGGUGUACUGAAUACAUCACAGAUAAGAGCUAAUUAAACCACUCACCAAAAAAAAAAAAA